GUAUCGAACGACCUCUACAGCUGACACUUCAACGUCAACUCUAUUUUGUCGUCCAAUAUCCGACCAAUGUUAAAUACCGUCAUGAUCGUAAUCAUGAUCACGAUCACGCUCCCCCGACGAUAAUGAUACCACCACCACCAGCAGUACGACGUAGACGACGACGGAAUAGAGAAAGAGAGCCCACAGAAGAGCUUAUCACCGCCGAACCAACCCGUCCUUACGAAGACCUACAAAAACAAGACAUG